GUGGGCCUCAGCUGUUUUGUUUACUUUUCAUCCAGGAGCAGUUUAUUACUUUAAUGCCAAUCUGUCGGGGGCUUUUUCAUUGUCAGCAAUAUUGCCUGGAGGGAUUUAGUGUUUCGCGGGGGAAAUUAAAAUAACAUGUCCGCGGACCAGCCGAUGUUGCCCCCGCGCUGCUCUCCGUCCUUCCCUCCCGGAGCGGUGGACGGCUGCGGCGGAGCGGAGCUUCCGAGCGGCCCGCUGGCAGAGAUGGAGAGCCUGCGGAUGUUCCUCAACGAGCGGCUGACCGCGGCGGUGGACGACAUCCUCGGGGUGUUCGGGAGAACUGUGGCUCGGUACCGGGAGCAGAUUGACCGCCAGCGGCGACAACUGGACAGCCUGAGGUCCGAGGAGAGCAGCUGGAACCGGGCAGCAGACCCUCUGCAGGCUUCCUCCUGGAUAAAAAACUGCCCUGAAGACCAGAUCCUGUGCGCCCAGAUGGACCAGGCCGGCAGUAUGGAUCAGACCAACGUCGGGACCUCGAUUGCUCACGUUAAAACAGAGGCUGGUGGUGAGAAUGGUGAGAGUCACGUUGAUCCAGCCGGUGGUGCAGAGGCAGCGGGUGAUGGCCGGCUCCUGGCUGAGGGCUCUGACACUGAAGACAGUGGAGACUACUGGAGAGAGGCUGCAGGACUCUGGAAACCAGAGGAGACGGGAGAGACAGAAGGUCCGAGCUCACCUCCGAGCAGGAAAGUGGAGAGCUCCGCUGAUCUGUCGCAGGAGCACAAACCUUCACAUCAGCUCCCACCGGUGUUUACCUGUCAAGUUUGCGGCGAGUCCUUCCAGAGGAGGAGCUACCUGUUCACUCACACUUCGGCACAUUUGAGAGACUGCGGCGUGUGCGGGAAACAUCUGGAGCGCACCGAGAACCUGAAGCUCCACCUCCGAGUUCACAGAGAAACGCUGUUCCGCUGCAGCGUCUGCGGCCAGACUUUCACCCUGCGGGGGAACCUGAGGACGCACAUGAGGAUCCACUCGGGCGAGCGGCCGUACGGCUGCACGGUCUGCGGGAAGAGCUUCGGCAGGAGGGCGACGCUGGUGCGGCACGUCCGCAGCCACACGGGCGAGAAGCCGUUCACCUGCACGUACUGCGGCCGCGGCUUCGUGGAGAAGGGAAACCUGACGGUGCACCUGCGGACGCACACCGGCGAGAGGCCGUACUGGUGCUCCAUCUGCGACCGGCGCUUCAGCCAGCUGUCCUGCUUCUACAAACACCCCUGUCAGAGGAGAGGCCUGGCCUCUGCCCGCGUCACUCCCACCUGACUGCUGGAAAAUAAGACAGGCAUUCUGUAGCAUUUGCAAAAUGAACUUCUCCUGUGAGCUGUCAGGACUGACAGUGAGUUGGGUGGUCAAAACCCUCACGCUCAUGAAAGUCUCAUAUUAUUUCCUUUUUUAUGAGUUCAUGAGUUUCAUGGUUGCUCAGGGUCAAAGAUUAAACCUUUUCUACUGCACGAACAUAACAACACAUAGGCCUAACUAAUGGGUUCUCCUGUUGUCUGCACUGCAGCGGUUUGUUGGGAAAGCCAACACAGCAAUUAUUAAAGCAAAUUGUGUGUUUCGCUAAACACCCCAAGGAAGUGUGCCUCAAUAUACAGGCAAUACGCCGAUAGAGAAUAAGCAGCAUGUAUGCUUUGCUCCCUUGUUCUGCACUCGUCCAUUUGAAGUGGAUAUCGUGUGCACGCUGUUGGGGAGCACGCCAUUCGUUUCACUUACGUUUUCCAGUAGCAUUUGGGUGGCGUAUCGAUUUUCCAUGAGUGAGCUAUUUUUACAGCUACAUGUAAACCAAACACUCCCAUGACUAUUUCUUUUUUAUUUUAUCUUGAAGUAAAAAAAAGCUCAGAAACCCUCCUGAUGUCUUUUAACCCGUGGUUUCCUCACCGUCACCUCCUCGUCUUCUGACUGAGGACAGAAUCGAGCGCGUAGACGUGAAGGAAAAUCAAUAUUAGCGUCUCUUAUCGUCUCAUAACUGAACUUGCUUGCAGAAGAUACAAAUGAUCACUACUAUCCUGGUGUCGUAUUAUUCGCCAGUUUUAUAUAUUUGGUAACAAACAUUGAACCAAAGCCCUUGAACAAUAAGCCCCUUAAGAGUUGAGGGAAGCUGCAGGUAACACGCGAUAUGGUUAUGAUUCAAGCCUCCACACCAAGCGCGAAUCAUCUCAGACACAGCUGUUGGGGUCAGAUGACAAAUUGUGUCUGCGUUUAUGAACCACGUCGUUUUCACAGACAGAUCUUCAGCUCGCGUCUCAAAACAGUUGUGGCGCUACUACUGUUACUUGUUUCCGUGCUGGUGAGCGACAGCGGAUGUAAACCUGAAACCCACGAAAACUAUUGUCAAGAAUGUUUGGAUUUGCUGUUGUUGAUUUAACUGUUGAAAUACAACCUCCAUACUUUUCAUUUCCUAACUUGAAGAUCUUAAUGCUGUUUCAAAAUCUGUUUCGAAUUCUGCAGGGGAAAUGCUGCAGUCAAGUUCAAACAUAAUGGACGAAUAAAAAUGACUGGAAUCAG